CCCAGGCUGGAGGAGUUAGGGAGCUGGGAUGGCUCAAGGAGACCCAGCAGCCGGGGGACCUGGACGCUUCCGGUUCGCGUGCCACCUGGAUCCCUUGCUGGCGCUUGACUCCUCCCCUGUUCCGCAGCGUCCCCGCCCUAUCAGCACACUGCUUCAGCGGCCACACCUGCCUCCGACUGGGGGGACGCACAAGAGAUAGAAAGGGAAACAGAGAGGGUUUGGGGAGCCCAGCGCGGCAACGUAACCGGACUCGGCCCGCGCCGCUGACUCCCGCAGCUCUCGCCACGCCAGCCCCCUGGCUGCCGCACAGAUGCGCUGUCCACGGUGCUGACGCCGGCGCCCACUCGGUCGGAGGGGGAGGAAACGCCCUCGUUCCCGGGUCGCCCUGAACUGAGUGAUCCCACCCCCAUUCCUUCCCCAGCGAGAUCAUUUCCCCAGAGGAACCCUCCAAGAUCUGGUGCUGCAGAUGGAUCCAGGAAGAAGCGAGCGACGGGGAACUUAAACUUCGGACUGGACCCUGCGGACCCGAUGCCGAGGGAUUCGCGUCGUGCGGUCCCCAGCCCUUGAGACCACAAGGGCACCAUUAAGUUGAGCAAAGUUUAGAGGCAGCUUGGAGAUAAGGGAGGGAUUCCGGAGCCAAAGAGCAGGGAGGGGUCAGACUGGGUUCCCCAGCGGGGUAGUAGUCAGCACCGCAGUCAGGACACCUGCUUCAGGGCCCCGCAUUAGUGCCUCCAGAACAACCGGGAGGCGUCGCAGCAGCCCAACUCCCCACCCCUUCCCUCCAUUUCUUACCACCCCCAACACCCCGCCCCGGGAGCCGGUGACUCCGCCUCUCUGUGCCGGGCAGCUCUCCGGCUAGAGCUGGAAAGGGAGCGCUUCUCUGGACUGGGCUCGGUUCUGAGUCUCAGAAGCCGACGCCUCCAGCUCCGGCCCGGGGGCGGGAAGCUGGACUGCCAGCGCAACCUGCGUCUAGGAGCCGCCGAGCCGGAAACGGCUCAUGGGACGCCCCCGGGGGCUCUCUUCGUUCCCUGCUGCCGCGUCCCAGUCCUAGGCGCAUCGGGCUGCACAGUCUGCCUCGCCCGCAGCCCGCGGCCUGUCCGGAGAGGAGUAUGAGGCCCGGGGCCCCGCGGACGCCGGCCACAGGGCGGCAGGGGCCUAGCUUCAGACCCCCGCGCCCGAGGGUGGCGGGGCAGGAGCCGCGGGUGCCUGCGAGGCGUCGGGGCGCAGAGAAGAGCGCCCCAGCCCGGACGCCCGAAGGGCCACGGGACCCGUGUGCGGCCUGAGCGCGGAGGAGGAGGCGGAGGCAGAGGCGCCCCGCCGUCCGGGCUCCGGGGGAGGCGGCGAGGGGCUCCGAGGUGGCCCCAGAUCCCCGGCCACCAUCCUCACGCUUCUGCUCCCGCGGGGGGAUGUCGCGGCCCGGGCCCCGAGCGCCGCCCCGGGCCUGGGGCUGAGCUCCGGACCAUGUCCUCCCGCAGCGCCCGGCCCCCGCCCCGCCGCUGCCGCCGCCGCCUGCGCCCCUCUUGCUGCUGCUGCCGCCGCCGCUCGCACCUCAACGAGGACACGGGCCGCUUCGUGCUGCUGGCGGCGCUCAUCGGCCUCUACCUGGUAGCGGGCGCCACCGUCUUCUCCGCUCUCGAGAGCCCUGGCGAGGCGGAGGCGCGGGCGCGCUGGGACGCCACGCUGCGCAACUUCAGCGCGGCGCACGGCGUGGCCGAGCCCGAGCUGCGCGCCUUCCUCCGGCACUACGAGGCCGCGCUAGCCACCGGCGUCCGAGCCGACGCGCUGCGCCCGCGCUGGGACUUCCCUGGCGCCUUCUACUUUGUGGGCACCGUGGUAUCGACCAUAGGUUUCGGCAUGACCACCCCCGCGACAGUGGGUGGGAAGGCCUUCCUCAUCGCCUACGGGCUCUUCGGCUGCGCCGGGACCAUCCUGUUCUUCAACCUCUUCCUGGAGCGCAUCAUCUCGCUGCUGGCCUUCAUUAUGCGCGCCUGCCGGGAGCGCCAACUGCGCCGCAGCGGCCUGCUGCCUGCCACAUUUCGCCGCGGCUCGGCGCUGUCGGAGGCCGACUGCCUGGCGGGCUGGAAGCCCUCGGUGUACCACGUGCUGCUGAUCCUGGGCCUGUUCGCUGUGCUGCUGUCGUGCUGCGCCUCGGCCAUGUACGCCAGCGUGGAAGGCUGGGACUACGUGGACUCGCUCUACUUCUGCUUCGUCACUUUCAGCACCAUCGGCUUCGGGGACCUGGUGAGCAGUCAGCACGCAGCCUACCGGAACCAGGGGCUCUACCGCCUGGGCAACUUCCUCUUCAUCCUGCUCGGCGUGUGCUGCAUCUACUCGCUCUUCAAUGUCAUCUCCAUCCUCAUCAAGCAGGUGCUCAACUGGAUGCUGCGCAAGCUGAGCUGCCGCUGCUGCGGGUGCUGCUGCCCGGUGCCCGGGGCCCCUCUGGCCCGGCGCAAUGCCAUCACCCCGGGCUCCCGGCUGCGCCGCCGCCUGGCCGCCCUGGGCGCCAACCCCACGGCACGCGACAGCGAGGCCGAGGGCCGCCGCCUGUCGGGUGAGCUCAUCUCCAUGCGCGACCUCACGGCCUCCAACAAGGUGUCGCUGGCGCUGCUGCAGAAGCAGCUGUCCGAGACGGCCAACGGCUACCCGCGCAGCGUCUGUGUCAACACGCGCCAGAACGGCUUCUCGGGCGGCGUGGGUGCGCUGGGCAUCAUGAACAACCGCCUGGCUGAGACCAGCGCCUCCAGGUAGACCGCCCGCCCUUCUGCCAGCCCGGCAGCGCCAGGGACCCUCACCAGGCUGGCGUGCCUCCGGCCGUGAUUUGCUUUCCUUCUCUCAGACGCUGGCGCUUUCUUAAUCUUUAUCCAAUAAAAAGAAACCAAAAAAAUUUUUUUAAA